AUGGAGGAAAAUUAUCCUGGAAGCUCCGAAAAUGAGUGGAUUUUACCAGAUGUUAUUGUAGACGAAAAAUUUAUGACAGCGAAAAUAAUUGAAAAAACGAGAGAAGUGAAUCCGAAGUAUGAAGCUGCUUACAUAAAAUUUAUGCAAUGGCGAUUACAAAAAAACAUUAAGGAUUUCUCAGAAUCGAUUUUUUUGACGUACUUCAAUGAAUUGGCAACAAAUCGUAAACCAACAAGUUUGUGGGCGACUUAUUCGAUGCUUCGAAGCAUGAUUGAGAUCAAACACAAAUUAAAUAUCCAUGGUUAUUCAAGUUUACUUGCUUUUCUGAAAGAAAAAAGUAUCGGAUACAAAAGUAAAAUGGCUCAGGUGUUAAGUGCUAGACAAAUUAAUCAAUUCCUUGAAGAAGCUCCAGAUGAGAAGUUCUUGGCUGUAAAGGUAGCUUUAAUUUUUGGAGUGCAAGGCGCUUGCAGAAGGCAAGAACUAUGUGACUUAACUUUGAAUGAUAUUGAAGACAGCGGUAGACAGCUUUUGGUGAAAAUACCACAAACUAAGAAUGAAAAAUCUAGAUCAUUUGUAGUAACAGGUGAUUUUUAUCAGAUAUACAAAAAGUAUGCCAAUUCGCGUCCAGCAAAUGUACCAACUUCAAGAUUCUUCCUAAAUUACCGUAACGGAAAAUGCCUACCGCAAGUUAUUGGCAUCAAUACACUUGGUGGUAUACCUAAAGCAAUUGCAACGUACCUUAAAUUAAAAGAUGCAGAUUCUUACACUGGACAUACGUUCAGGAGAACUUCUACUAGUCUUUUAGCUGAUUCUGGUGCCGAUUUACUGUCCCUCUGCAAGUUUGGAAGAUGCAAAUCUAGUACAUUCUCGGAAAACUACUAAGAAAUGUGUGUAG